AUGAAAGUGUCCAUUGACAGGCAGGUGAAAGCUGUGCAUGAGGUGCAUUGGCCGGGCAUGGAGGUCUCUUGCAUGGAAGAUGAUGGGCCUUACUCCAAAGGAGGCAAGGAUACAGGAGGGGCUGAUGUGACCUUGGUGUGCCGCAGACAGAGCAUUCCAGAGGAGUUCCGAGGGGUUACCAUGGUGGAACUGAUCAAGAAAGAAGGCAGCACACUGGGCCUGACCAUCUCAGGGGGCACUGACAAGGAUGGGAAGCCCAGGGUUUCCAACCUAAGACCUGGAGGACUCGCAGCCAGGAGUGACCUGCUGAACGUGGGCGACUACAUUCGGUCAGUGAACGGGAUCCACCUGACCAGGCUCCGCCAUGAUGAGAUCAUCACCCUGCUCAAGAAUGUGGGCGAGCGCGUGGUGCUGGAGGUGGAGUAUGAGCUGCCCCCGCCCGCCUCAGAGAACAACCCAGGGAUCAUUUCAAAGACAGUGGAUGUUUCCCUCUACAAGGAGGGCAAUAGCUUUGGCUUUGUCCUCAGAGGAGGUGCCCAUGAAGAAGGGCACAAGUCCCGCCCGCUUGUCCUGACCUAUGUGCGGCCUGGUGGCCCAGCUGACAGGGAGGGUUCCUUGAAGGCAGGUGACCGGCUGCUUAGCAUCGAUGGUGUCCCUCUGCAUGGGGCCAGCCAUGCUGCUGCCCUGGCCACCCUGCAGCAGUGCAGCCACGAGGCCCUCUUCCAGGUGGAAUAUGACGUGGCCACCCCUGAUACAGUGACCAAUGCAUCAGGGCCCUUCAUGGUGGAGAUCACCAAGACUCCAGGCUCCACCCUGGGCAUCUCGCUCACCACAUGCUCCCACCGCAACAAGUCAGUCAUCACCAUCGACCGCAUCAAGCCGGCCAGCGUGGUGGACAGGAGCGGAACGCUGCAUGCUGGAGAUCACAUCCUGUCUAUCAAUGGCACCAGCACGGAGCACUGCUCACUGCUAGAGGCAACCAAACUCCUGUCCAACGUCUCAGAGAAAGUGCGGCUGGAGAUCCUGCCUGCACCCCAAAGUCGGAGGCCCCUCAAGCCCUCAGAGGCAGUGAAGAUGCAGAAGAGUGAGCAGCCACAUCGCUGGGACCCCUGCAUGCCCUCCUGCCACAGCCCCCGGCCCCCCGGCCACUGCAGGACUCCCACCUGGGCCACAAUGGCCAGCCAGGACCAGAGCAGAUCCCUGUCCUCGACUCCCUUUUCCUCGCCGACCAUGAACCACGCCUUCUCCUGCGCCAACCCCAGCACUCUUCCCCGUGGAGCCCAGCCGAUGAGCCCCCGGACCACAGUGGGGCGGAGGAGGCAGCGAAGAAGGGAGCACAAAAGCUCACUGUCACUGGCCUCCAGCACGGUGGGACCAGGCGGGCAGAUUGUGCACACAGAGACCACCGAGGUUGUACUCUGCGGAGAUCCCUUCAGCGGCUUCGGCCUCCAGCUCCAGGGUGGCAUCUUUGCCACUGAGACCCUGUCCUCCCCACCCCUUGUGCGCUUCAUCGAGCCUGACAGCCCUGCUGAGAGGUGUGGGCUGCUGCAGGUGGGGGACCGUGUCCUCUCCAUCAAUGGCAUUGCCACCGAGGAUGGGACGAUGGAGGAAGCCAAUCAGCUGCUGCGGGAUGCUGCUUUGGCCCACAAGGUUGUGCUAGAGAUUGAGUUUGAUGUGGCUGAGUCUGUCAUCCCCAGCAGCGGCACCUUCCAUGUGAAGCUGCCCAAGAGGCGUGGUGUGGAGCUGGGCAUCACCAUCAGCUCGGCCAGCAGGAAGCGAGGGGAGCCCUUGAUCAUCUCUGACAUUAAGAAAGGCAGUGUGGCACACAGGACUGGCACCCUUGAGCCAGGCGACAAGCUGCUGGCCAUUGACAACAUCCGCCUGGACAACUGCCCCAUGGAAGAUGCUGUGCAGAUCUUGCAGCAGUGUGAGGACCUGGUGAAGCUGAAGGUCCGGAAGGAUGAAGACAACUCUGAUGAACAGGAGACCACAGGAGCCAUCAGCUACACAGUGGAGCUAAAACGCUACGGUGGCCCCCUAGGCAUCACCAUCUCGGGCACAGAGGAACCUUUUGAUCCCAUCAUUAUCUCAGGCCUCACCAAGCGUGGUCUGGCUGAGAGGACUGGUGCCAUUCACGUUGGGGACCGCAUCCUGGCCAUCAACAGUGUUAGCUUGAAGGGCCGGCCACUGAGUGAGGCCAUCCACCUCCUACAGGUGGCUGGUGAGACCGUCACACUGAAGAUCAAGAAGCAGCUGGACCGCCCCCUUCCACCCCGCAAGUCAGGCAGCCUCAGUGAGGCCAGUGAUGUGGAUGAGGACCUGCCCGAAGCUCUCAAAGGCGGCCUCCUGACAGCCGGGUUCUCACCUGCCGUGCCCAGUGUGGACAGCGCUGUAGAGUCCUGGGACAGCUCAGCCAUGGAAGGCGGCUUUGGGGGCCUAGGUUCCUAUACCCCCCAGGCAGCAGCCCAGGGUGUAGCCCCCCAGGAGUGGUGGCCUGGCCACCUGAGGAGCAGCCCCCCACCCACGGAACCCCGGAGGAGGAGCUAUACCCCUGCCUCUGCAGACAAGAGCUUCCCUGAAGAAGAGGAGGAGGAGGAGGAGGAUUGGGAGCCACCAACUAGCCCAGUUCCUGGCCCUGCUGGUGAGGAGGGCUUCUGGCACAUGUUUGGGGAAGCUCUUGAAGACCUGGAGUCAUGUGGUCAGUCAGAGCUGCUGAGGGAACUGGAGGCAUCCAUCAUGACGGGUGCUGUGCAGAAUGUGGCCCUCGAAAGCAGGCCUGGCACCCAGCCCUGGAGGAGGAGCCGGGAGGUCCGCCCUCCCCCUGAAGAGAUGCAGGAGCUAUUGCUGCCAACACCUUUGGAGAUGCACAAGGUGACCCUGCACAAGGACCCCAUGAGGAAUGAUUUUGGGUUCAGCGUCUCAGAUGGCCUACUGGAGAAAGGUGUCUUUGUUCACACUGUGCGACCUGAUGGGCCAGCCCAGCGCGGGGGCCUCCGGCCCUUUGACAGGGUCCUCCAGGUCAACCACGUUCGCACACGGGACUUUGACUGCUGCCUAGCAGUGCCGCUCCUAGCUGAGGCGGGUGACGUCUUGGAGCUGGUGGUCAGCCGCAACCCACUGGCCCAGGCCAGCCGGGCCCCGCGCACACCAGGCCCCCGCAGCCCCCGCAUGCUCUGA